CCGUGUUGAAAAACGCGCAUACAAAAGCCUUCAAUACUAUACAGUCUAAGCUAGGCGUAUACACACAUGUGACUGUACGAAGUCCGCUCACUCCUCAGGACACCCUUUCGAAUAGCCGAUGUGAUAUGCUAGACCAAUUCCGCGGUUCCUAAAAAAUGCGCAGCGACUUCAAGCCUCGUGGAGUAUCAGCAAACGGAAGCCGUCCCUCGUACUGUCACCCAAAGUAAAGAUGAAACCAGGCACAGUCACCUUUCCACUAUCCUUUGAUGUAAUCAACACCAACUACACUGGACAUGUAUGUUCAACGUCUAUGCUACUGCACGGACAAUUAUUUGACAGACCUGUUUCUCCAAACGCCUUCGAGACCUUCAGCCAAGCAAUACAACGUGUAGCGAUGUCUUCGUCGAUGAACGCGAUCACCAUUGGAAGUCUGAUAAAGAAAGACCUGACAGAGGCCUAUUUUCUUCCACAGAAGCCGUCCUCUUAUAUAGAAGAAUACAAAUUCUUCAACUCGACCAAAUACCGAAUUUUCGAUUAUCCAACGUCUUCAGCAACAUUUCGCCGGCUUGUAUCACCAUGUUACCACCUUGCUGCUGCUGGCGAUGAAAUUCCGGUCUUGAUGGAGCGCGGACCAGAAUUAUUCUUAAAGCAGCACUGGAAGCUAUGGCUCCCUGCUUAUCCUACUGUGAUUGUAAAAUCCCCGGAAGAAGGAUUACAUGAUGACGUUCCUAUCGUGACAAGAGCGGCGCUGGAAGCCAUCCCUGAAGACAAGCACUUUAUACAUCCAGAUAUUCUGUACGAACUUCAACUGAAGAGUUCUCUACUGGAUGUCAAGGCACCCACUCCGAGACACAUGGAUGAAAACCAUCUAACCUUUCCUUGCUUGCUGAAAAUUGACAUGAGCAGCGGUGGACGGGGAAAUAGGCUUGUAAAGAACCAAAUUGAACUGGCUGCUACUUUAAGGAACAUUAGAGAAGACUGUGGUUGGCACGGAGACGUAUUGUACCAAGAGGUCAUCCCACGGAUCAAAGAAGUGCCCAGCUUUCAGUUUUACCUGCACAAAUCAGGCGAAUUAUACUGGUUGGGGACCACAAUAGGUGGAUUCGAAGGCUUUGGCUGGACAGGAGCCGUAGUGGACUGGGACAAACACGAAGAAUAUGAGAAGCUAGUCUACGAAGAGUUUACCGUUCCGAUUAAGAACUACCUCCAAAAGCAUGGCUACUUUGGCCUGGUCACGUUUGAAGUUAUCAUCACUGAUCAGGGAAAGUACUUGGUCGAUUUAAACCCAAGAAUCGGUAGCGACACGACUCAUUUACUGCUAGCUAAGUACAUGGCCUUAGAUUUCGAUCUAAAGCACUCGGCAAUUUUUUCGUACAACAAGCACGAGCUGUCACCCAAAGAGGUCAUUGCGAGAGCAAACGCGAUCAACAAUAAAGGAAAGGGCCUCGUCGUAGUUUUGAGUGCAGCUGACGACGAAAAAGGAUGCGAGUCACACUUCUCAAUUUUUGCAAACACGCCAGACGAAGUUCGCAAUCUUUACUACCAAUUCAACAACAACGAAGCAAUGGUAUGAGGUCUUUAAUCCGCUCCGUAAAUUCUCUCUUACAGUAAAAACGAUUGAUAAAAGAACUUGAAUAGGAAGGAGAAGGAAAUAAAGAGACAACAUAUGCUUUGAAAAACCAACUCCAUUCACUUGUAACUUGUUAUAUCGUUCAGAAAUGGGCCACGAUGCAAAUCACUGUGUUUACUGAGAUUGGUUUUGUUUGGAAACAAUUCACUUUAUGCGUCAGGAAUAUAGAUUGAACAAUCACUUCCUCUGACAAGGAUUCUAGUUCUCUCUGCUACUUAUUAACAAUCGUGUCGCAUAUCUCUAAAUCCAUAAGCCACAUAGUCAGAUCUUUCGUAGCAAAAAUGUCCCUUUAACCCAAAUUCGUUGUUCGUUCACGACUUUG